AUGGAGCAAACUGGUCUGGAACAAAUCUAUAUUCCUAAAGCACGGUUUGUUUACUGGAUGGUGAUGCUAAACAGACUAAAAACAAGAGAUAGGCUGAAAGCCAUUAGUGUUAUAGAUGAUGACUUAUGUCCUAUGUGUGGUGAGGCCAGUGAAUCUGCAGAUCAUAUAUUCUUUCGCUAUCCUUGGAGUUGCCAGUGCCUUAGAAUCUUGAAUUCAUGGCUUGGAACUAAUAUAUCUUCACUCUCUUCUAUCAAACCAAGCAAGUGGAAGGUGUCAAAAUUCGAAAAGAAGACAAUUACGACCUCUCUGUGUAGUCUCAUUUAUCAGAUAUGGAACGCCCGUAAUGAUUCUGUCUGGAACUUCAAGCUGAUUUUGCCUAGUGUCCUUAUGCAGUCUGUGAAGUUAGAAGUUAAGCAUCAACUCUAUAGUUUAUAUCCUCACUGUGUGAAAGAUGUUAUUUCGUUGUUUUGA